UCACGUCAACAAUAAACACUUUUUGACGCAACCGUUACGACACUGCUUCCCCUCGCGCCGCCAUUGCGGUCACGUGAGGGGUGCAACCUCCCCUAAAGCUUGGCCUGCUGCGUUUGUUUCGAAAAUUCGGUGAAAAUCGAAAUGAUUAUGCCUCGCGCGCAUAUUUUUAGUCCGACUUUAAAAAUACCAGGAAUUAAUUGACAAGAAAGUGCGUCGGGAAAAAAUGAGCGCCUGUUAAUCCCGAAAAGCGACGGAAAUGCUCGGAGGCGGGAGGAACAUAAGAACGGGUUAAUAAUAAACCGAGUGAGGCCGGAGUACCAAAUAUGGUUCAAUCUCGUAUUACACCAACGGCCAAAUUCAGAAUAUACCUAAGAGGAGAGAGGGCGUCCCGACGCCGAAAAUAGCCGACGUCGCGCGCCUUCUACGGCCAAAGUCGUCUUCGGGCGCCCAAAUCACUCGCAUAAUAAAUAAUAACAGAGUGCGAACACCACGAAAAAUUUCGCGUGUGCGGGAUUUGACAGAUUCAUAUGCACGAAUGCAACGGAAAUGAACGAGAAGGGGGUUAACAUGCAAUGCGAAGAAGUAGAUGAGACCCCGGCACCGGAAAUGACCUUCAAUGACAGCAGAGAAUCGCCUGAACCCAAAACGUCUGCUCAAAUAUCAGAAGAUCCCAAGUUUGACUCUCGCAAGUUCGAAGGAAUCAACCUUGAAGAUGAUAUCGAGAAGGUCGAGGUAUCAUCCGGGGGCUCCUCUGCGACGAAUGAAGAGGAGUUCAUCGAGGCGCCCCCUCGCCUGCUUCCGCCAAUUCCGGAGCAAAACCCCAACGAGUCGAUCAAAAGUUGGCUCCAAAGGAUCACUGACUUGCAGAAGAAACUGUCUUUUGAGCCACCUCCUGGACAUUCCUUUCCCCUCAAGCCUUCGCCUCAACCAACUCCGAAUCGAGUUGUCAAAUUCCAGGACUUGCCCUACAUGGGUGAGAUGACUUUGGACAAUUCGAAGCCUCGAAGAGGACGAAAGCCAAAGAAAGCGGAUAUUUGUCACUUGAUUUACAAGAAUUAUGGGACGAUUUUUCCGGGGACUCCCAAUCCGAAGAGCUACUUGGAGAAGGAGACCAAUAGGAAGAGUGAAGGAACUAAAGAGGAGACGGGGAGCAGAAGUGAUGUUCAGAACAGGAUCAUUAGUAGCCUUUUGGAGAAAAGACUGACUCAGGAAAUAAAGAAAACUGAUGUUACUGAAAAAAGUGAUCAAAACGAGCCUUUGAACUUGUGUAUUCGUGAUUUGAACCAUUUGAAAAUCAGACUUUUAAGAAAAAAUGACAAUAGUUACUCCACCGAGGUGAAAUCCGAGCCAGGGAGUGACGAUGACGUGGAGUUUAUUCACGAAACUCCCUCUCCUGGUAAAGUUGAACCACGAUCCGAGUCCUUGAGUACCCCCAGCCCCACUUCGGAAGCUCCCGGGGGUUACGUCUAUUGGCCCAAUGCUGGAGUUUUCAUCCAUCCUAUGGCCCUCCAACAACAAUUGAUGUAUUAUCAAAGAAUGGCGGCCAAUAACAGCUACACUCUUCCCAGUCACAGCCCUCGCCCCCCUCCUCCAGAUCCCGAACCCGAGCUUCGCAAAAUCGUCCCCAAGACCCGCAAAAAACCCGAAGAGACUGACCCCCACCCUGAACAAAAGACAAAACGGAACGCUUCCUCCUCAACGGAUAAAACCCCCACCAAGCGGAAGCGUUCCGCCAUCUUCAUUCCACCCAUCCCCCCCGAAAACAACACAAACUCCGCCACUGAAGUCAGUAUUUGUAAAUUUAAAUUCACGGGAGGGGCUAAACCUAGUCUCCAAGAGAAAAAAAUGCUCUCGGUGGAUUCUGGGGGUAAUUUCCGGUACUACAGCGGAACGGGUGAUAAGUCAAUGCGGGGGUACGAGUUUUUCCCCCGGGAGACCCUCCAACAGCAAAUUAAUAACUCACAGGGGUCCAGCACCGGAGCGUUUCUUCAAGCCAGUGGUGAGAAGAUUUAUCCGGUGGCUCCGGUCGACUUCACUGGGACUAAACCAAGUCAAGAGUUUUUAUUGACUCCGGAAGCGCCCCCAACUCCCGAUUUGCACAGACACAAGAAACGAAAGUCCCGGAAGUCGCUUCAGAGGGAGAAGUUGGAGCAGACGUUCAAGGAAAAGGGAUUUCUGAUCCAGACUCAGCAACUGGAGUCGGCAGAGGGCGCUACUUAUUGCAAGUUUAGACAGUUGAGAAAGUUCACGAGGUAUUUGUUUAGGAGUUGGAAGGAUUACCUUCCGGGGAAUGUGCGCGAGUUACAAGAGGGGGAGAAAGCGGAAGAAGAAGAUGUUGAUAAUUUAUCAAGACAUUCGAGUGAGUUAAGUAACGUGCAGUGAAACGACCAAAGAUGGCGCUGUUUUGGGACGCUAGCGUGGUGCUAAUUGUUAAUCUAGUCGUAAUUCAUUAAUGUUGUUAAUAAAACUCGCUGUUUUACGUGGAAAUGAUUUAUUUCUUACAA